UCGGACGGGCUGUAAAACGUGCGGCCGCUUGAUAUGGAAAGCCUAAUUUACCACCGGUCUUCUUCCCUGCCCUCUUCGGCUCGUACAUUCAACUCAUGGAGAGAGCGAUGAACAAUGGUGGAGACUCUUCCGAUCUCUUCUUCGAUGCUUUUGACGCCUUUUCGCUAGGUUUCAAUGAAAGUCAUGAGGUUUCUUCACCUCCAGGAACAAUUGAAAAUCAACCGGAGAAUGAGGGCACUGCUGCUAGCCUUCCGGAAGUUUCAGCGACGUCCCUCCGCCGUCGUCGGUCUUCUUCCCGUUUCACCGAGCCUCAACAAAACUCGGACACAAAAGUUCUGAGCUGCGAGCCAGAUGCCAACUUUGAGAUUUCCACCUUCUGUGAAGGACGGGGCAAUAUCCCUCCUCCCGAUCUUAAAGAUGGAACAAUCUCCAAUGGGGGAGAAACUACUACGUCGGCGCUUACUUCUGAGCAAAACGUUGAAGGGAAAGAUAGGGGACAGGAAAUUUCAUCGCGAAUGGAUGAAUCGUUGGCAACAGGUCAUGAAUAUCCAGACCAGAGUCUCCUACUUUCUCUUGCUGAUUUAUUGAUCAAUGCGAUCUUUUUCCAGGUUAAUAUGAUGUUUAAAUUCUUAACAUUUCCGAUAUGGUUAACCUAUAAUUCUUUAUUAUUUGUGGUUAAUCCUCUUGGAACGCUAAGACGAACAAUAGAUGGCCUGAAGAAGAGGAUGUUGUGGGUAUGCAAGGCUGCCCUGGAUAUUUUCAGCCCGUUUGUCCCUGAUAUACUCAAGAGAGAAGAGGGAAUUGUUUCAUUAGUUGGGAGAUUGGUCUGGGGUUGCUUCUGGUUUUUCUAUGUUAGUAUUGCGCUGUCCGGACUUUUGAUAACGGGGUUUCUCUUUGCUAGUAUUCUGAUGAGCCGAAUUGUAGAGGAGCCACUAGAGAUGAUAAGAAGUUUAAGUUUUGAUUACACCAAGGCUAGCCCUGACGCCCUCGUGAUGCUAAUGCCAUGUGAUGAUGUUGGAUGGAAUUUAGAUUUUGAUGGGAAAGCUGGAUUUGUGGAGAAUGCUGUUAGGCGUCCUAUACCACCCAACCACAAACUGCACUUAACCGUUUCAUUAACACUGCCUGAGUCUGAUUACAACAGAAAUCUGGGCGUGUUUCAGGUCAGGGUAGAGUUUAUUUCAACAAAUGGCAGAGUCACCUCUCGUUUAAGCAAACCUUGCAUGCUACGUUUCAAGAGUUCUCAUAUUCGCUUAAUGGAGACCUUUAUCAAAAGCGGCCCUCUGCUAGCAGGCUAUUCCUCUGAGUCACAGGUUAUUGAUUUAGAUUUGUCAGGUUUUACUGAAGGAAAUGAACCAACCAUGAGCAUUAGGAUAGUUCUUGAACAGCGCGCAGAAUUCAGGCCAGGUGCUGGUAUUCCUGAGAUUUAUUCUGCUUUUUUAAAACUAGAAUCAGAGCUUCCCAUACUGAAAAGGAUAAUAUGGAACUGGAGGAAAACGCUACUUAUCUGGGCUGCAAUGGGAUGUUUCAUCUGGGAGUUGUUGAUUGUGUUGAUCUGUUGUAGACCUGUACUAUUUCCACAUGGAAGGCCAAUUGAUGAGGUUUCUCCGAACGGGCAACAACAUACUUGAUUGCGGUGCAUUGAAUUGCUGGGCUGCGACCAAGUAUGUUCUUAUGCCAGAUAAUGCUCAGAAGUUAAACAUAGAAAGAAGAAAGGAAUUGCUCAGCAUCAAUGUUUUUAUCAUCUUGAUCACGUAUCAUAAUUUACAACUACGGCCAUUAAGAGUAAUCAGGAGUACAAGUUUUGGUUGCAGAAAGUUCUAUGAAAUUACUUAACCAAAAAUCAAAAUUCCAAAUGAAUUUAUUCCUGUUUCAGUGUUGAGUUGCUUCAGUUAAUGGAUAAGAAGAACUUAUUUAUGCUGCAUUUUGCAGGCUGUUUGCCUAUUAUUAAUGCAAAUGCCUUCAUUUUGUUCAAAUCUUAUGUUUGUUCUUCUUCAUUGAAAAUGUUGCACUGGUUGUGAAUAUAAAUAGAGGUUUAGUUAAAACAUCAUUGGCAUUGGAAGAACAUAGUCUCCUGUAAUUUGUUGAGAUUUUUUUGCA